GACGUUGACGGGAUCAUUUAUGCCAUCCAAGACGGGAGGAAUGAGGAAUAGAUCGGGCGGGAUGAGCGUGUCUUUAGCGAGCCCCGAUGGGCGCGUUGUAGGGGGUGGAGUUGCGGGUCUAUUAGUAGCUGCAGGUCCCGUGCAGGUUGUCGUGGGAAGCUUCAUCGCCGGAAAUCAGCACGAGCAGAAGGCGAAGAAACACAAGCCCGAGAUAGUAACUGCUGCCGUUCCCAUCUCCAGCGCAAAGAUGGAAGAUCCUUACCACGCCUCGCCCAGACCAAUCAUGUCGUCUGCCCCUUCGUUCCGCGCAGAUAACUGGUCCGCGUUGCCCCAACCGGCAGACUCUAGGAAUAAAUCCACUAACAUCAAUGUCACACUGCCUGCAUAAGGAUGAGU